GUGCAUCCGUGUUGCUCUGAGCUUCAAAACAAGCAUCUCUAGUUUUCAAUCAGAUUAAUGAAACUGGUACCUGCGCGGCGGGCGGGCCUAGCUAAACUUCAGGAGCUAGUGGGUCACGGUUUUCAAGAAUAGAUAUGGAUUCACAUUUGGAAGAUGAAGACCAGCCUGACCUUUCACCCAAGAAGCAGAGGGCCACAUCUAAACCAUUUUCUGGGCCCCAAAAAUUCCAGUUGAGAGUGGCACUUCGCUCCACUCCCUCUACCCAGCAGUCCACUGAUGAAGAGCAGGCAGAAGAUGAAGAGAAGAUGACCAAGAAAAGAUUGCUAAAGCGGGCAGGAAAGACCACUCCGGCAAAGAAGAGGAAACGUGUUUCAUGUGAAGAUGUAGAGACAGCCGUAGAGACAGCCGUAGAGACAACCCUAGAGACAGCCCUAGAGACAGCCCUAGAGACAGCCGUAGAGACAGCCCUAGAGACAGCCGUAGAUCCUGAGAAAGAUCAAGGAUCCGAUUCAGCAGAAGAUGUACCUGGCUCCUUCCUGGACAAGAGAGAACGGACCAUCAAGGCCAACAAAGCAAUGUUGGCUCAGCUGAUGUCGGACCUGAAGAAGAUGCCAGGAGGUGCAGGGAUUCUGAAAAACCAAGCCGGCCCAGAGAUGAAGAAAGAGAAAAAUUCUCGUCCCCCUCGCUCUGCUGCAGCUGCAGGAGAGACCAGGAGGAACCCAGAGCGGGUGUCUCGCAGACAGACUCGCUCUAUGGGGGGAUUUGAGGGACCUUUAUCCCCUAAGAAAGAAGAAGUGGAGUGGAGCUUGGAGGAGGAGCUGCUGGAGGUACGUCAAGCCCCACGGCGUCGUGCCCCGCGGCCUACUGCGUGCAAGCCUCAUUGUAUCCGUCCUGUGGAGGACAUCACAGAGGAAGAGAUUGAGCUGGUGGCAGACAUCAUGACUGAAAAAGUCUACAACAGAGACACAGGCACGACAUGUCAUCAGUGCCGUCAGAAAACAGUUGACACCAAGACGUGCUGCCGCAGUGAGGACUGCAGAGGGAUUGUGGGUCAGUUCUGUGGGCCGUGUCUGAAAAACAGAUACGGAGAGGAUGUAAAGAAGGCUCUGCGCGAUCCAGAUUGGAAGUGUCCUCCCUGUCGUGGCAUUUGCAACUGCAGCUUCUGCCGGAAGCGUGAGGGCCGCUGCCCGACCGGCAUCCUCUUCCCUCUUGCCAAGUACCACGGCUUCUCUGACGUCCACUCCUACCUCAGCAGCCUCCGGAGUAAACUGAAGAAUGAGGACAACGAUGUAGAGAUGUGAUAACACUAGGUGGAGUGUUUGUUCAGUUUUAUGGUUCAGUCUGUUUUAAUACAAAUAAAUCAUAACAAAGCUGUGAUUUUAAAUGAAUAAAGUAUUUUAUAAUCAGCUGAUUGUUGUGCAUGUUUCAUUGAGACAAGAUGGAAAAAAAGACAAAAUAUAUUCAUAAUUUUAAUCCAGCUGUUGGCAUUUGCAGUAGUUGUUUACAUACAAUAUAAAAUCCAAUAUUAAAACGGGGCUGAAAAAUAAGGGCACUUGUUUAUACUUUGUUUAUAGAGUUUCAAAGGAAAGUUAUAAACAUACAAUUCCUGUCAUAAUAGAAGGAUAUUAUUUUUCCAAUAAAGCAGAUUCCUGAAACAAUGAAACGGGUGAGAAUGAUCUUUUCAGAAAAAAUGUUGACCCUUGUAUAAUUACAUUGCAACAUUUUUUUUUUAAUUCCUUAACCAAGGGAUUUGUGUCUGGUGCUGUGCCUCAAGCUGGAUAGUUUCCAGUUAGACCUUUAACAUCUGCAUACCACAAGGACAAAGUAUUAGAAAGUUGACGGACCAAAGAAGGAUUCCCUAGUUUUGCUUAUUAAAUGAGUAUGAACCUUUGGUUUUGAGCUUACAUAUUUAUGCUGUCUGGACAUAACAAAAUACUUCACUCCAGAUAUGACUAAAAAGAAACAGUUUUCCAUCGAAAGAAAACAAACUGACACGACUGCAAGGCAAAGAUGAUGAGUAUACCACAGGGGAAAUCUCUUGGAAGAUCUGUACUGUAUAGAACACAUUAUUCUAUGGCAGAAAGGCUCUUAAAUUUAAACAUGUAAUCUACAUAUAUAUAUAAAAGUAAUAACAGAAGAUUAAGAUUUGAUUGUGCAUGAGGAGUUCAUACAACGGAGAGGCAAUCUCCUGCAAUCAUGCAAAGAUGAUCCGGCCCAAGCUGAGAAAUUCUGUAGCCUUUACAUUUCCAAAAGAUAUAUACAUAAAAAAAAUCAAAAUGUUUUGCUAUGAUAAACAUGUCAAAGCUUGAUGGCUUGAAUAGGUACCUACAAAAGAGGUUAAAGAGUUAUUCUCAGGAUUUCAGUGCCCUGACACACCUACAUCCUCACAUGAUCAUAGCACUCCUGGCUCUGACCUGCACUCCUCCUAAAACGCUUUCCAUAUUAGCCCCAAGACACUGAUCGUUAGUUUGAACCCAGAAAUGUGAGAGAAAAAACAAAAUGUUUAUUGUUCUAAAUUGUUAGGAUUUUUAGGGAUGAAUUUAGCAUUAUGGGCUUUCAAGCCAAAUACAGCAGCCCCGUCUGUCGGCUGGAACCACCUGAUGUUUAGGAGGGCAGGCAGCUAAGCCCACAGCCUUGGAAACAAGUGAGAGUCCCUUAGUAGUGUUUCUCCUUCCUAAAGAAGCUCGUGGAGAGGGUAUUACCAGCUGCCAAUUUAAUAUCAAGCGUGCCAGUGUGUGUUACUGCAGUCCCACUAUCAAGCAGGACUGAGUGCGUGUGGGUCAAAUCUUGGUGUAGUGACAUGUCAUUUUAGGGGAAAUACAAUUUCAUGAUGAUUUCUUAAACCAAACAUUUUCAUCCAACUCUGACCCUUAAACGCUACAGGUAUCUAAAUACAAGAUGGAGCUUAUUAUUCCUGCCUCAAUUGUCAUAAUCAAUAGUGUCCGUGUGUUGCAUUUGAGACCGCCUCUCCCGCCGGACAGGUUCCGUGUCUGCAGUCCCACAUGCCCUUUUUUACCCCAAAUGUCCAAAAUGCAUCAUCCACUAGCGCCUGUCCUCCUGCUCCAACACAGUCCUUAGUAGCUGUUUCCGUUCAUAUGGUGAAGGUCCACCUGCAUCAUGCUGAUCCCGCUGCUGGCUAAUCGAGCUAUGCUUUCUGCGGAUAAGGUCUCCAUGGUGACAAUGGUGUGCUGUUCACCAGAUGACACGGUGCCUGUGAUGACUUUUGUUCCUGUAGGGGAUGCUGGGUCGGUGGAGACCGUGCUGCUGCUGGUGGGGACUGCUUUCUUGUUCAAGUGGGUCUUGAUGUGCUUGGAGAGGUGAUCGCUGCGCAUGAAGCGUUUGGGACACUCCGUGCAAACAAACCUUUUUUCA